GAGGUAGAAUGACGUGGUCAAAUUGAGUCCAUGAUUGCUCUAUUCUACAUGGAAACCGUGGAGGAUAAGGCUCUCUCUCUAUCUCUCUCUCACUUCGUGUGUGUGUGUGUAAAUGUGAGAGAGAAACAGGAAUGUUAUCUUUUCAUGCAGCUAUCAUUUGUGUGUUUUUUUCUCUACGAUAUAUAUGAUUCAAACAAAGGCAAAAAGACAGAACAAUCUGUCUCACAACUUGAUUCAAAACUCAAGCAAGAAUAAUCUAUGGAGUUUCUUUCUUUUUCUUGCUUUUCUUCAUCUUUGAGCAACAUUAAUUGAGCUUCAUAAUCCAUCAUAUGCAUCUUAAUCUUUAUCUGUUCAUGUUUAUGUCUAUUUACUAGUUAUUACAAGCUCUUUCGAUUCUUCACCUACCCUAAUUUGUUGUUUUACUUGUUAAAGAUUCCAUAAAGAUGAUGUCUAGUGAUGGGUUUUCAUCACCACCUUCUUCCCUCACAUCCUUUAUCCAUGACCCCAUCCCAAACCCUAACCCUAAUAACAAUUCUUUGGUUUCGGGUAAACGAAAGCGGAAUCAGGCCGGCAAUCCAGAUCCAGAAGCUGAGGUGAUAGCCUUAUCACCAACAUCUCUAAUGGCGACCAACCGAUUCGUAUGCGAGAUAUGCAACAAGGGUUUUCAAAGGGACCAGAAUUUACAACUUCAUAGAAGAGGGCAUAACUUGCCAUGGAAACUUAAGCAAAGGAACAAAAAUGAAGUGGUAAAGAAGAAAGUUUACAUAUGCCCGGAGAAGAGUUGUGUUCAUCAUGACCCUUCUCGCGCUCUUGGAGAUCUCACUGGAGUUAAGAAGCAUUUCAGCCGGAAACAUGGAGAAAAGAAAUGGAAGUGCGAGAAGUGUUCGAAGAAGUACGCAGUUCAAUCAGAUUGGAAAGCUCAUAGCAAGAUUUGUGGUACUAGAGAGUACAAAUGCGAUUGUGGAACAUUGUUUUCAAGGAAGGAUAGCUUCAUAACACAUAGAGCAUUUUGUGAUGCUCUAAUGCAAGAAAACUCAAGAAUUGCAUCACGACCACUAGUUCCCAACAUGGGCUUCCGGAAUGACUUGAUGAUGAUGAACGAUACCGGCGGUGGCAGCAGUGGCAACGGUGGAGGCGAUCGACAAAUCCAAGCCAUAUUUGGUGGAGGUUUAGACACUAACAUUGACAUCAAUGGAGCAAAACCAAGACUACCACUUUGGUUGGACCACAAUGCCACCAAUCCCCACCUAGAUCAAAACCCUAACCACCCAACGUUUCUAGCACCAUCAAGUUCAACCUACAACAACGCCGGAAUGCUACCACCAGAGAUGAUGAAUUGGUUGGGUAGAUACAAUGGUCUACCACAAGGGUUAUCAUUAAAAGAUGAAGAACACUCAAUGUACAACUUUGGUGGUGGUUCCACACCUCAAAACACUCUCAUGUGCUCAUCUCUACCACCUCCGCCGCCGGCGGCGGCCAACAUGUCAGCAACCGCUCUACUACAAAAGGCAGCUCAAAUGGGGUCCACAAGAAGCACAAGUUCUAGGGUUUCCGGUGGAAAUGAUGCCGGUUUUGGGGUCAUGAGUUCAACUCUUUCCAAUCUUUCAAGCCCUAGGAGUGGUGAUAGAUUGAUGAUGAUGCCAACAACUACGGCGGCUGCGGGGGCGGCGGACGGACUGUCGCAAGGCAAAGGAUCCGGUGGUGGUGAGUUUGGUGACGGAGAUUUUACUAGGGAUUUUCUUGGUGUCGCAAGAAAUGAGAGGAAUGUGUCAUAUAACUUGCAACAAGAGUUGAACAAAUUUGCGACGAGUUUUAAUCAAUUUAAUAGGGGUCAUAAAUGAUGUAUUUAGUGACAGUUGUUAGCAUCGGGGAAUUGUAUUUAAUGACGCUUUGUGGGGUUUUAGCUAUUUGGAUGAUUUACUGUAGCGAUGGAUUUCAUUUUCGGUCACUAUUUGUGAUAGUUGUAACGACCGUUACACGUAUAUUUCACAUGCUAAUUAUUCUA